AUGGUUCAGUGCUCCACUGCUCUCUACCAAUCGACUCCCAGAAAAAUUAUCAAAUGGUCAGUCACUACUAUAACUACUGAGGAUGGCAGGGGAAAUAGCAUCUGGGACGAUUAUUCUCACUACUGGGGCGAGAAAAAUAUAAAUGUCAAUGGAGAAACACGCUGUAAUGUGGAUAAAUGUCAUACAGGAGACAUCGCUUGUGACAGUUACAGACAGUGGGAUCGGGAUCUUGAGUUGUUAAAAAAUACGAAUGUGAAGACGUAUCGCUUCUCCCUUUCAUGGUCCCGCUUGCUUCCUUUCGGAACAGAAGACUUGGGUAUAAAUGCGAAAGGAGUUGAUUACUACAACAAAAUGAUCGACGACUUGCUUGAAAACAAUAUUAUUCCAUUUGUGACUAUCUAUCAUUGGGAUCUUCCAAGUGAGAUACAGAAUACCAUUGCUCCUGGUGGCUGGAUAAACUCAUCAAUUUCGGACCUGUUUGCAGAUUAUGCCGAUUUUUGCUUCAGAACAUUCGGCGAUAGAGUUAAAAACUGGAUCACUCUCAACGAGCCUGGAAUAUUUGUCGAUCAAGGAUAUCACGAAGGAAUCAUGGCUCCGGGAAGGAAGGGCUACAUGCUUGAGGCGCGAUUCAAUACGAUUCUAGCGCAUGUCAAAGCUUACCGAAGAUACGAUCAAAAAUACAGAGACAAUCAGAAAGGACAGGUUGGAAUUACCCUUUUCUCAAUGUGGAAUGAGCCUGAAACAGAGGAAGAAAGAGAUCUCGCGGAUCUUAAAAUGGAGCUUGAUCUUGGCUGGUGGGCAGAACCAAUUUUCGGUUCUGGAGAUUUUUCAUCUGAGCUGAAAACGCUGAUUUCUGACGAAGGAAAGACUUUGUCAGAGUUUUCGGAAGAUCAGAAAAAGUUGAACCAAGGAGCUUCUGAUUUCUUCGGACUAAAUCACUACACAACCCGCCUAGUCCGUUCUUGCGACUCUUGCGAAUACGGCUUUGAAGAAGUUGAGUGCGAUUCCUGGCCAGUUACUGGUUCUGUCUGGCUUCGACCAGUCCCCUGGGGUUUUCAAAAACUUCUUGAGUUCAUUCAUAAUCGCUGGGAUACCAAAAAAUAUCCGCUUUACGUGACUGAAAAUGGCGCGUCUUCGAAAGAUACUGGAGCUCAAGAUUUAGAGGACCAGUUCAGAAUUGAUUAUUAUUCGAGUUACGUGUCUUCGAUGAAGAGAGCGAUGAAGAAUGGCGUCAAUGUCAAAGGCUACAUGGCCUGGUCUUUGAUGGACAAUUUCGAGUGGGCCCGUGGAUACACGGAGCGUUUUGGUGUUCAUUGGGUUGACUUCAAUGAUCCGAGGAGACGAGUCUAUCCGAAGAAAUCGGCGGAAUUCUUAAAGAAGCUUUUUUCUAGCAAUAAGCUUUCUUUUGCCAAGGAAGAACUGUAA